AAAUCUAAUCAUGUCAACUCUCCUGCUAAUCUAAGAUUUCAACACUCUCCAUAAAAUUUCACCUACAUUCUUCCGAUAGCUUUAGGGCUGUCAAGGGUUUACUUUUUCUCUGUUCGAUUUCGCAGAGUUUUGAGCGAAUCGCGGCGAAGCCCCUAAUUGUCUUCUUCACCGAAGAAUGUCAUACUUGCUGCCACAUCUGCACUCAGGAUGGGCAGUGGACCAGGCAAUCCUGGCUGAGGAGGAACGCCUCGUCAUCAUUCGAUUUGGCCAUGAUUGGGAUGAAACCUGCAUGCAGAUGGACGAGGUUUUAGCCUCAGUUGCUGAAACUAUAAAAAACUUUGCAGUGAUAUACCUAGUAGAUAUCACAGAGGUGCCUGAUUUCAAUACAAUGUAUGAAUUGUAUGAUCCGUCCACAAUUAUGUUUUUCUUCCGUAACAAGCAUAUUAUGAUUGAUCUUGGCACUGGUAAUAACAACAAGAUCAACUGGGCGAUGAAGGACAAACAGGAGUUUAUAGACAUUGUUGAAACCAUCUUUAGAGGUGCCAGAAAAGGUCGUGGACUGGUCAUUGCUCCUAAAGAUUACUCCACAAAGUAUCGCUAUUAAGUUCACUAGUUCAACUAUCAUGUCACUGGUGUAUGAGUACACACCUAUUAAGCUAUCUUCACAUGUUGAUGUCGUAAUAACUUUCUUUGUUCUGUAUUGUUUAAAUUUCUUUGUUGAUGCUACCUUAAAAUGAGCAUGCCUAACCUCUUUGUUGUUAUUUAUGACAGUGUUGCAGUUUUAGCAGUACUAUUAUUUCAGCCCCCCAUAUUUGAUAAUGAAGAAAUGAAGUAUUUUUCUGA